AUGCAGCUCCCGCUUUGGUGCUGCCUGGGGGCGGCGCUCUUCGCGGCCCCUCGGUGGGCGUCGGCGGUCGAGAACGCGAGCUGGGAGCCGGGCGACGGCGGCGCUGAGCCCGCGUGCGCCGCGCGGCUGGAGCCAGGGCCGGGCGGGCGCUGCGGCGGCGGUGGCGAGGCCGGCGAGUGCGCGCUGCAGGUGCGCCUGCCCCCGCUGGCCAUCCCGUUGCCCGCGCCGCUCGGCAGGCUCGAGGAGGUGUUCAAGGAGGUCCAGACCCUCAAGGACGCCGUGGCCAGCCUGCGGAAGUCCUGCCAGGACUGCAGGCUGCAGGCCGACGAGCACCGAGACGCCCCGCUGCCCCCCAGCCCGGGGCCCCCGGGGGAGGACGGCGACCUCCGCGUGCAGGACCUGGAGAGCCAGGUGCACAAACUGUCGUCGGAGCUAAAGGGAGCCCGGGAGGAGAUCGACGUGCUCCACCGGCGCCUGGAGCAGCUGAACCUUGUGAACAUGAACAACAUUGAGAACUACGUUGACAGCAAAGUGGCCAAUCUGACAGUUGUGGUCAACAGUUUGGACGGGAAGUGCUCGUCCCAGUGCCCCAGCCAAGAACACGUCCAGUCCCGGCCCGUUCAACAUCUGAUAUACAAAGAUUGUUCUGACUACUACGUAAUAGGCAGAAGAAGCAGUGAGACCUACAGAGUCGCACCGGAUCCCAAGAACAGCAGCUUUGAGGUGCUCUGUGACAUGGAGACGCUGGGCGGUGGCUGGACGGUCCUGCAGGCACGGCUGGACGGCAGCACCAACUUCACCAGAAGCUGGCGAGAGUACAAGGCAGGCUUUGGGAACCUCCGCCGCGAGUUCUGGCUGGGAAAUGAUAAGAUUCACCUCCUGACCAAGAGCAAGGAGAUGAUCCUGAGAAUAGAUCUCGAGGACUUCGAUGGUGUCAAGCUGUACGCCGUGUAUGAGCAGUUUUACGUGGCUAACGAAUUUCUCAAGUACCGUUUACACGUCGGUAACUACAACGGCACGGCCGGGGACGCCCUGCGUUUCAGUAAGCACUACAACCACGACCUGAAGUUCUUCACCACCCCCGACAGAGACAAUGACCGCUAUCCCUCCGGGAACUGCGGGCUCUACUACAGCUCGGGCUGGUGGUUUGAUGCCUGUCUUUCAGCAAACUUAAAUGGCAAAUACUAUCACCAGAAAUACAGAGGUGUCCGCAAUGGGAUUUUCUGGGGCACCUGGCCUGGGAUGGGGGAGGCACAGCCUGGUGGCUACAAGUCCUCCUUCAGAAGGGUCACAAUGAUGAUUAGACCCAAGCACUUUAGGCCAUAACACUGGCGCUCAUUUCCCCAGGCCUUUAUGUCUAAUAGCACGAUCACAUGCCUUCAGCACUUUGGAGUAUGCCUUGUUUCAGAAUCCUUUUCCACAGCCCACAGGUCUCUGAGCACAGGUCAUGUGCUGCAUAGCAUUUCAAGUAAAGCUGAAAAAUAUUCAUUUUAAAGACUCCUUUGUUGCUGUUAGCCAGUGAAUGCUUGUAAGCAUUGGAAAUAUUAAAACAGAUUAUAAGUCUUUUGAUUUCUAUUAGAAAGGUCUUCAUUAUUUGUACUACUUUCUAUUAUAAAAAUUGCUUAUUCGGCAAGCUAGAUUCUACACAAAGCAAUCUCCAUUUUGGCUGUGAUCAAAUGUACACAUUUGAAAAUAUAUCACUUUUUUCAGGCUAAAAACGUUUAUUUGUAUAUUUGUCUCAAUACUGCAAUGUUUAUUCUGAGAUAAACUCACUUCGUGGCAUUUAUUUCGGGCCAAGAAGACCUUUAGUUUGCAAAUAAAGGGAAAUCAUGUAUGUAAUUAAGCCUGUUCAUGUAAUAUUCAUGAAAUUUAAAAUAUGAAAAAAAAAAACCCCUAAAAUAAAAUAUGGCAUUUUCUGCCACUUUAAUUUGGUACAUUUUUAAUAUUGUAAAAUGUGGUAUAAUGUCACCAAAAUAUUCAGAAAAUAAUAUAAUCUUGAUAACUGUGGUUCAAAGUAUUUCAUUUGUAGUCUAACUUGUUGGAUAUCAGAUUGUAAAAACCACUUUAACAUAAAAAUUUAUUUUCCUCAGUUCUGUUUAUACAGUAGUUUUUAUGAGCUUGCUCACUACUGUGAUAGACUACUAGUCACUUUUAUCUUUUAGGGUAGAAAUAGGUGGAGAAAGAAGUAUUUAUUUGUACUUUGAAGGCCAAUUUUAUAUCGAGAGCCUUAAUAUCAUUGAAUAAUACACAUGAUAGGAAGCCAAGUUUUCUAGAAUGAAGAUAAAUUAAAACAUUUGAAAUAUAUAAAAAGUAGCUCUAAUAUUAUAUAUUUCAACCCUAAUGGAUUUCUUAUUUUGCUAUCAGAAAUUCAAAGAUUGGUAUUUACUUUAACCAAAUGAAAGUACCUGGAACUUUUAUAAUUUGCUAAUUCUGAAAUGCUAAGUGUUGUAUUGAAAUGAUUAUUAAAACAUUUAAUAUCAUAACUAUUGUUUCAGAAAGAACAGUAUUCUGUAAAGUUUUAAAAUGCUCUCAAUUUGAAAAUUUGAAGUAAUUAGUCCUACUGUGAGUCAUAGCAAUGAGUUUGAUCUUUAAUUUCUAGUGUUUAUUUCUAAUACAGUGACCAAGUUUUCAAAAUAUUCACAAAGAUGCAUCUUUGCCCAUUCUUUGAAGAUGAUUAAGGGACCAGGCGUGGUGGUGCACACCUGUGAUCCCAGCACUGGGAAGGCUGAAGCAGGAGAUUGCUUGCUGAGAGGCUACCUUGAACUACAUAGUGAGACCCUCCCUGUCUCAAAAAGCAAACAAAAAUUUAAAAAGUGAUUAAGGAGGACUGUUGUUUUAUGUAACAAGUUAGUUGUUCAAAUAUUAGACCCUUUAGAAAAUCUUAAGCCAGAUAUUCUUUCAAAAGUGUUUAACACAAGGUUUUUGGGAAAUAUACAAAACAAGUUAUUAGGAAUAUUAUUACAAUAUUAGAACAAAUAAGUGCAAGUAGAAUUAAAUGAUCAAAAUGUCAAAUACAGAUUUUAAGCCUGUGUAUCUACCAGUGGGAUACUAAAUGUAAAUGAUAUAACCAAUUCUAUUUCUCUUUUUUGCUUUUUAAAAGACUAAGAUUUUGAUAUCAUUCAAUGUAUUUGUGUCAGAUAAAGGCAUGUAUGUACUAAGUGUAAUUACUAAUACAUGUAUAAGUAAAUUUCUAAUCACAAAGUGCAGUUCUAAAGAAACAUUGCUUAUACAAACAGUGCCUACUGAUUUUAAUGGGAACGAGACAUCUUUUCAGGAGAAUUUGGCAAAUAAUCCAUGUGAAGACUGUCUUUGCACAUUAUUUCAAAAGAUCAAAACUUUAUUUUCUAUUAUACUUUUAUUACACUUUCCUAAUUCCUUAACACAGAAAUUCCUUUCUGGAAUCAUUUCCUAUCAUUCAUUAUAAAAUAUAUUCUAGACUUUGGUGAUCUUUAACAUGUUGACAGUAGGUUGUAUCUGAAGGGCCUUUUGCCUUAAUAUAUGAUAAUGUUCAUAAGUGUAGGCUAUUUACAAAUAUGCUUUUUAAGAGUCUUAUCUUGGUUUCAUUUAUUUUAAGACCUCAUUUCUAAAAGUUACAAUUUUUAGAAAAUGUUGACUGAAACUGAGUUUUAGAGAUUCAAAUUAGAAUUGCCUCACCCAUCACUGAAGGGGGAAAAAAUCAAAAUUUACUCGGAGUAAUGCUCCAAAUGGAUUAUUGGCACAUACAUCAGUUUUGUUUAGUUUUAGUUUUUUUCCAGUACUGGGGAAUUGAAGCCAGGGGCUUUGCACUGAGCUAUAUCCCCAGCCAUUUUUUCUUAUUUUGAGACAGGUCUCACUAAGUUUCUCAAACUGGUCUCAGAUUUGCAAUCCUUCUGCCUUAGUGUCCCAGAAUGCUGGGAUUGCAGGUAUUAUUUUUGACUAGCUACUCAAGAAAAGGUUUGCAAUUUAAAAGGGAUGGGUAAUGUCAUUGCAAUAACCUCUUAAAUUUCCUUUUAUGUGUACUUAGGGUUAUGUUUCAUGUUUUUUACAACCUUGUAAAAUAAGUUUUAAUCUUCACCUCGGUUCUUCAGUGUGGAAACUUUGUAAAAUAUUCACCUAUUUGCUUGUUUGAAAAGUGGUAUAAAGUUUACCUAAUGUAGACAAUA